CAGAAAAGCAGGAUGCUGCAGAAUCUCAGUCGGGAGGUGUGGUUCGAUCCCAUCGGGUGUAGUUGAAUUAGAUUUACCGUAGAGGACAAGGUUUGUGGCUCUCGGUCCAUUCGCUUAAGAUGUAGCUCGGACGUUUUCCAGGCCCAUGACAUCUUCUCUCUCUCCGAAUUCGCUCGCAGUCGAUCGAUCGUAUCUGUCUUCCGGCUCCUGCUUUCGGUAAUCGAGCAACAUGGGUAAGGAGAAGUUUCAUAUCAACAUCGUGGUUAUUGGCCAUGUCGACUCCGGGAAGUCGACCACCACUGGUCACCUUAUUUACAAGCUGGGAGGUAUCGACAAGCGUGUCAUCGAGCGGUUUGAGAAGGAAGCUGCUGAAAUGAACAAGCGUUCUUUCAAGUACGCUUGGGUGCUUGACAAGUUGAAGGCUGAGCGUGAGCGUGGUAUUACUAUCGAUAUCGCUCUCUGGAAGUUCGAGACCAACAAGUAUUAUUGCACAGUCAUCGAUGCCCCCGGUCACAGGGAUUUCAUCAAGAACAUGAUCACAGGAACAUCUCAGGCUGAUUGUGCUGUGCUCAUCAUCGACUCCACCACCGGAGGUUUUGAGGCUGGUAUCUCCAAGGAUGGACAAACCCGAGAGCAUGCGUUGCUGGCUUUCACGUUGGGAGUGAGGCAGAUGAUUUGUUGCUGCAACAAGAUGGAUGCCACCACACCAAAGUACAGUAAGAAGCGGUACGAUGAGAUUGCAAAAGAAGUCUCGUCCUACUUGAAGAAAGUCGGAUAUAACCCCGAUAAGAUUCCUUUCGUUCCGAUCUCUGGAUUUGAGGGUGACAACAUGAUCGAGAGGUCCAACAACCUCGACUGGUACAAGGGGCCUACUCUUCUGGAAGCCUUGGACAAUGUUCACGAGCCCAAGAGGCCAUCUGACAAGCCCCUCAGGUUGCCCCUCCAGGAUGUAUACAAGAUCGGAGGAAUUGGAACUGUCCCAGUGGGACGAGUGGAAACAGGUGUGAUCAAGCCAGGUAUGGUGGUGACGUUUGCUCCCACCGGUCUGACCACUGAGGUCAAGUCCGUCGAGAUGCACCACGAGGCUCUUCUCGAAGCUCUUCCCGGCGACAAUGUCGGCUUCAACGUGAAGAACGUCGCCGUCAAGGAUCUGAAGAGAGGAUUCGUCGCCUCUGACUCGAAGAAUGACCCGGCGAAGGAAGCAGCGAACUUCACCUCGCAGGUCAUCAUCAUGAACCACCCCGGCCAAAUCUCCAAUGGGUACGCUCCAGUGUUGGAUUGCCACACCUCCCACAUUGCUGUGAAGUUCUCCGAUAUCAUGACCAAGGUCGAUCGGCGAUCGGGCAAGGAGAUCGAGAAGGAGCCCAAGUUUGUGAAGAAUGGAGAUGCUGCAUUUGUGAAGAUGAUUCCAACCAAGCCCAUGACCGUCGAGACCUUCGCCGAGUAUCCACCUCUGGGUCGAUUUGCCGUCCGCGACAUGAGGCAAACGGUGGCCGUCGGAGUAAUCAAGGCUGUCGAGAAGAAGGAUCCAACCGGAGCCAAGGUCACCAAGGCCGCUGCCAAGAAGAAGUGAACCUUUGCUCAAGAGAUUGCACCGAUCUGUGCCGGCCUGUACCGAGCCCGACCAUGUCCGUCUCUCCGUAAGCGUAUGCUGCUGGCUCCUCAUCAGCAGACGUGGGUAUUGGACAGACGGUGGCGAGGCUGUGAAGUCGUCACUCCAGGUUAGUGUAUCUCGAGCUUUCAUCGAUCGUCCGGGCGCUCUGUCCCCGAUUUGUGCUUACUACGGAUUUUCACUAUAGAUCCUCACUCAAGGAUUUACGAAGGACUCGAUAAUUUUGGGUAGUAUUGCGCACUGCCUCGUUGCCGUGCGCUUGCUAGACACUGGAGAAUGUGAGGUGCUUAAGAUUUGGCUUGGUGCAUAGCAGAGUUUUAUACGAGAUUCGGUCCGUCUCAACCUCUGAAAAGCACUUUAAAGGACUUGUAAUUUUGUACACAUAUAAGCUUGACAACAUCAUUGCAGGAGUGUGCUCCUGGUUUGCACCCG